CGAACACCACGAACACCACGAGCAUCCGCCCUCUCCCAUCUCCCAUCUCCCAUCUCGCCGCCAUCCAACCCGAUCCUGCCUCCAAUGACCCGUCUGACCAAGCCCGUGUACAUUGUUGCUGCCAAGAGAACACCCUUUGGUGCCUUUGGCGGAAAGCUCGCCCAUCUGACGGCCACUGAGCUGGGAGGAAUCGCCUCUACUGCGGCCCUCAAGCAGCUGCCCGAGGGCGUCCCGAUCGACUCAGUCAUCUAUGGAAACGUCUGCCAAACCUCUCUAGACGGUGCCUAUCUUUCCCGCCACGUUGGCCAUCGUGCCGGGCUCUCGAUCCAGACCCCAGCCCUGACGGUGAACCGCCUCUGUGGCUCCGGGUUCCAGUCGAUCAUCAAUGGCGCUCAGGAGAUUCUGCUGGGAGAAGCCAACGUUGUGUUGACGGGCGGCACCGAGAACAUGAGCCAAGCUCCCUAUGUUCUGCGAAAUGCCCGCAACGGAACCCGAUAUGGUGUUGAUCUCAAGAUGGAGGACUCUCUGGCGCAUGCCCUCGUCGACUCGUAUCCCACCAAAGUGCCCAUGAUGGUCACAGCCGAGAACCUGGCCAAACAGUACCACAUCACCCGCAAGGAUGCAGACGAGUACAGCUUGCUGACCCAGCAGCGGUGGGCCGCAGCUCAAGCUGCCGAUCGAUUUGGCGAAGAGAUUGUCAAGAUUCAGGUCCCAGGCAAGAAGAGAGGAACCUUUGAAGAGUUUGCCGUGGAUGAGCACGCCCGGCCCAACACCACCAUCGAGAGCCUCGCUAAGCUGAAGGCCGUCACCACUGACACCGAUGUGGUAACUGCUGGCAAUGCCUCGGGUAUCUCGGAUGGCGCUGCAAGCUUGGUUGUUGCCAGCGAGGAGGCUGUCAAGAACUACAACCUCAAACCCCUCGCUCGCAUCCUGGGAUGGCAAUACGUCGGUGUUGAUCCCACCGUCAUGGGCAUCGGCCCGGUUCCUGCCAUUCGGGGUGCACUCAAGAGGACCGGCCUGGGUCUCAAGGACAUGUCUCUGAUCGAAGUCAACGAGGCCUUUGCCGUCCAGUACCUUGCCGUCGAGAAGGAGCUGGGUCUCGACCGAACGAUCACCAACACCAACGGUGGAGCCAUUGCUCUCGGUCAUCCCCUCGGUGCCAGUGGCGCCCGUAUCAUGACCCAUCUCAGCUACGAGCUUGCUCGGGUCCAGGGCAAGUACGCCGUGGGCGCGGCCUGUAUCGGCGGCGGACAGGGUAUCGCCAUCGUUAUCGAGCGAGCUUAACUCUGUCCUAUCUGCGCACGGGGACUGUCGUAACACUGCCUCGGUGCCUGUCACUCAUGGUGCAUGGGCAUCGCUCAUCACCGGUGAUUGCGAUCCACCAUCGGAUGGCACUGCUUUCCAAAUACAACUUUGCAUUACCACCAGCA